UGGCAAAAUCGCUCGGGUCCUCUUCUUCUUUCGUCUCUCCAUUUUCGUCACAAGCAGACUCGCCGUACAGCGCGAAGCUACGCGGAAGGCGCCGCCCAACACCAAAGCUCCUCCGACGCGUCUCGUCUCCUGUCCUGCACUCCCCGCCUGCUCUGCUCUGUUAUUACUACCUCCAUCGCCACUUCACCACUUCACCAGUUGCCGAAGCGAGCGCCAGAGCACGAGACCGGCAAUGGCGGGCUCCACGCCUCCCUUCCUCCUCCUCCUCCUCUUCGUCCUCGUCGCCGCCGCCGCCGCCGCGGCCUCGGACUCGGAGGAGCGCCCGCGCGUCAUCCCCACCUUGGUCCAGUGCCACCCGCCGCACGCGCAGGCAGACGCCAACGCCAGCAGCGCCAAGAACGCCACGGCGUUCCAAGCCAACGUGCUCUCCCUCCUCGCCAACCUCCCCGCCGCCGCCGUGCCCACGGGCUUCGCGUCCCUGCGCUCCGCCGGAGUGGUCGGACGCGACGUCGCGUUCGUCCGCGGGCUCUGCUUCGGGUACGCCACGCCGUCCCAGUGCCGCGCGUGCCUGGCCGCCGCGGCCAAGAAGCUGACCGACGCCUGCGGUGCCCGCGGCCGGCGCGCCGGCGUCUGGACGGACGCCUGCUUCGCGUCCUACGCCGACACCAACCCGUCCUCGCCCAGUUACGAUGACUUCCGCGCGCGCGUCAUCACCGGCGCCGACGCGCUCGCCACCAGCUCGUCCCCCGAGCUGCAGAGCCUCGCCGACCUGGCGUGGCGCCUGGGGCCGGUCGCGCCCGCCAGCGCGAGGAUGCUGGUGGCCAUGGACUGGACGGCCGCGGCGAGCGACUACAAGAAGAACAGCACGGUGCGCGUGCUGGCGCAGUGCGCGCAGGACCGCACGGCGGCGGAGUGCGCGUGGUGCGUGCAGUACUCGGCGCGGGUGGCGGAGACCUGCGAGUGGUCCUGGUGCCCCCGGCAGUCGGCGCGGGCGGGGGACACCUGCUGCUGGGGCCUCGACGCGUGGGCGACGGCGUGGCCGGCGCCGUCGUCGGCUUCGACUGCUACCUGCGCUUCGACGUCGCCGUCGCCACCGCCACCGUCACUUCCACUGCGCCGGCGCGGGUGCCCCCGCUCAGAAGGCUCGGGAAGCUGAUGAACGAUCAUCCUUUCCUCACCGCGGUGUUCGUCGGCGGCGGGCUGGCCGUGGCAGCAUUCUAACGGAAAUACAAAGUUGCAGGGCCGGCGGCCGUCCGGGCGGGAGUGAAGAUGGAGAUGACCCCCCCGCAACCGCAAGCCAGGAUGAUGGUUUGAUCUGAGCAACCGCUCGGCGAUCGAUCUGCACUGCAGCAACAACAACAUACUCCAGUAACCAAGUCUGUAAAUAAUUAAGCAUUCGUGCACUAAGUAGCAGCAGCAGCAUCGGCGACUUCAAACUUAAUUCGUGCUUGCAGAUCUCUUAUAUAGAAGAGAAACUUAAGUAUUGAACCUUUAGUCCUUGGUCCACCAUUGGUGCCCAUGCUACCAUAUAUUGGAGAAACUCUCGAUCUUAUUCUCAGCUAUGAAGUUAACAUGCAGUAAUAUGUGAGUUGCCACUUGCCAUACUGUUUGCGUACUGCUGCUUUGG